AACCUCGCAGACCGGCCAACCUCGUAUCUCACCUUGCCUCACCUGCCUUCCUUUCUUCGUCCUUUUCUUUCUCUUUCUGGUGCCGGUUCUCAACCGAUCACGUAUACAUCGAUACGCACACUAACGCGGUACAGACUCUCGAUAUAUCGCCGCAGACGAAGAUGACGAAGUGGAACGUUAAUUUGAAAAAAACUUUUCACGAGGCGUGAAAUUCAAAGAGAUUACAAUACUUUUGUAACAUAACGAAAAUUUAUUUUUUCCACCUAUCGACCGAGGUUACUCCUUGAAAAAACCCUCUGAUCCUUAUUACCGAAGGGCGAAGGUACGUCGGUGUUUGUCCUUCGCAAAAACCCAUCGGGCAGACAGAGAUCUUUGGAUAAGAGCGAUAUUGAAUCGGACAGGAGGCCGAACGGAAACGAAGAACGGAGUGGAUGAUUCCGGGCAGGAUCGUCGGAAAAAGAGAAUCUCUCGAGAAAGGUAGGAGGGAAGGUAUAGUUGGUUCAGAGGCUGUGUCAAUGUGUCAGAGAGACGGUUUUCGUGUCGGGGUUGCCUUUUAUGUCCAUGUAAUGUGGGACCUGAAGGAACUCCUUCGAGGAAGAAGUGGGGCCUGUGAGCAGGCCCCCUUCUACCAUCCUUGCCUGCCGAAACACUUGAAUGGAGCCACGGUUAGAACCAGUAUUCCAGGCUGCGGUCUCCAGUGCCGUCGUUUAGGAUCUCGCAGAAGGGGGAUCCGUUUCGAGGAAGCGGUUGUCGAUUGGAAAUCGUAUGUGCCGCCCGUUGAAUGGACGAGAUCUUUCUCAUCCCUCUCUCCCUGUGCGCGGAACCCCAUGUAUUUUUUGCCUCUCUUUCACGAUUUCUCGUUCCCUACGGUUCACCAGACGCGUGCGAUUGAUGCUGCACCCCGCGUUUACCUUUCUUCCCUUUCUUUCCAGGUUUUUUUUUCUUUCUUCUUUUCUUCCAAGGAUCCAGUUUUCGUUGCUGUUGGACUCGACCAUUGAUCCAUCCAAUGGUAGUUUUUGAAUAAUUUUUUUCAUUUAGAUCAAGUACCAUUUUAAUUGAUCGAGCACCACAUUAAUUUGCUUUGCAAUUCUGUGUAAAUGGAAGAACAAAGAACAAAGCACCGCCAUUAUAAUUGUGGAACUCGUGGUUUCGUCCAAGAACGUACCUUUUCGUGGAAGAGACAUCGGAUCGCAGGAUUUUGCCGCCAUGAAUUACCGAACGGGAUUCCAGAGCAAAUCCUGACGCGCGGGGAAUAUCUUCUUUCUUUUCCAUCGGGAGAAGACCGAUUUUGUCUCGAUUCGCUCCUCGGCGAUCGCCUUUACACGGAUUCCAUCGACUAGUUCAAGCAUUCCGAUGAUUUCGUACCCUUUACGACUAUCCAGCAUCCAGAUUCGACCCAACAGUUCUACGAAUUGCACGACGUUUAUGAUCGAGCACGCGAUAUCGAGUUGACGAUACGGAGCGUGGAUCCAUUUAAAAAAAGUAACUGGUUCGAGGAAAAGUCGAAGCCAAGGUGAGGGAAACGAUCGCAAGGGGCGGGAAAGACCGGUUUCCAAGAAUUGGCCGGCAAAUUCGGUUGAGCCACAGAUCAGUGAAACGGCGUUAAAGAAAAAAAAAAAAAAAAAAUGGGCCAACGCUCCAAAUUUGUAAGUCCCGCUUCCGGGCGGCUGAACGAGCCGAUCCCAAAAUAAGGCUCGUGAGAAUCAGAGAAUUCCACUCCCACGUUCACUAGCCGCUGAGAUGAGCCACAGGAGGGUAUGGCACAUUGCCAGCCUGACGUCAAA